CGUUUCGGCCCAAUAUUAGCAGAAAAGCUUCUCCUUUGAGACUUUGAAUUAGACUCUGCAGAUAAUUGGGGAGAAAGAAGGAGCUGAAAGAAAUGGCGGAGAAGAAAGGAGGCUCCAAGUUGAACGUUGCAAUCAUCCAUCCCGAUCUGGGCAUCGGUGGAGCUGAAAGACUGAUCGUCGACGCGGCUGUCGAACUUGCAUCACAUGGCCACAAAGUUCACGUUUUCACUUCCCACCACGAUAAAAAUCGAUGCUUUGAGGAGACCGUUUCUGGUAUCUUUCCUGUUACUGUAUAUGGAUCUUUCCUGCCCCGACAUAUAUUCUAUCGACUCCAUGCUUUGUGUGCAUAUAUACGGUGCCUUUUUGUUGCUCUCUGCAUGCUGGUCAUGUGGCCAUCGUUUGAUGUAAUACUAGCAGAUCAGGUUUCUGUUGUCAUCCCACUACUGAAGCUUAAGAAGGCAACAAAGGUUUUGUUUUACUGUCAUUUUCCAGAUUUAUUGUUGGCUCAACACACAACUCUUUUGAGGAGGAUAUAUAGAAAACCCAUAGACUUCAUUGAAGAAAUGACAACUGGGAUGGCACAUAAGAUUCUUGUUAACAGCAAAUUUACAGCAUCUAUGUUUGCAAAGACAUUUAAGCAUCUUGCCGCACGAGGGAUUCAGCCAGCUGUUCUUUAUCCAGCUGUCAAUGUGAAUCAGUUUAAUGAACCCGCCAAUUCUUACAGGCUAAAUUUUCUGUCUAUCAAUCGUUUUGAGAGGAAAAAGAAUAUAGACUUGGCAAUUUCAGCUUUUGCUUUGCUCCGUACCCUUGAAGGGGAUGUCCUUCAAGGUCCUGAUCUGGCUGAAGCUUCCUUGACAAUUGCAGGUGGCUUUGAUAAUCGUCUGAGAGAAAAUGUUGAGUACUUAGAGGAGCUCAGAAGCCUAGCAGAAAGGGAAGGAGUGUCCAGUCAAGUUAACUUCAUCACCUCUUGCUCGACAGCAGAAAGAAAUGCACUUCUCUCCCAAUGCCUAUGCGUCCUUUAUACGCCAAAGGAUGAACACUUUGGCAUUGUACCUCUGGAGGCAAUGGCUGCUCAUAAACCUGUUAUUGCGUGCAACAGUGGGGGCCCUGUAGAGACAGUUAAGAAUGGUGAAACGGGAUUUCUGUGCGACUGUAACCCAAGAGAGUUCUCCUUGGCUAUGGCUAAACUCAUAAAAGACCCGCAGAUGGCUCAGAGAAUGGGUAUAGAAGCACGACGGCACGUCACAGAGUCAUUCUCUACGAAAAUAUUUGGUCAGCACUUGAAUCAAUACAUUGCUGAUGUUGCUCGGACGAAAAGGGACUGAAGAGGGAAUUAACAUAGUACGAUACGGAAGACUGCAUGACUAAGUAGUGUUAAUGACUCAUCGAACUUUAAUUAUUCAUCGUUUUCGAGCUUUUAGUAAGUUACAGAAGAGAAACUUUAGAUUUUGUAUGCUUAGUUCCUCUACAUAUAUAUUGUCCUACUCUCUCCAGUAGGGAUAUUCUUAAAUGACAAUACAAUCAGUGGCAAUAUAGCUUCCGAUAUCGCAUCAUUGUUAAUAA